UGCGGCGUCCACAGGGCGAGGCGGUGACGUGAGUUCGGCGCACCUGGGUCGGGCAGGUAAGGGCCGGUGCGGGACGGGGAGCGGAGCUCCAAGACUCUACCUGCGCAAAGCCAGGUGUUGCUUACCCGACCGGUGAAGAAGAGCGGUGGCGACGGGUGAUCUUAACUGGGGACGUGGUUCGGAGGGACGUCCACUUCUGGUCGCCGGAUUGAGAAAAGAGUCUUUGGCUGGCCCAGAGCAAGGAGAGCUGACUUGAGGCCCAGCUCUUCGGAUCCCCGUGGAUACACUGCUUGCUCAUCUCUAUCAUGGCCCUCCACCCCCGCAGAGUUCGGCUGAAGCCCUGGCUGGUGGCCCAGGUGGAUAGUGGCCUGUACCCUGGGCUCAUCUGGCUACACAGGGACUCCAAACGCUUCCAGAUUCCCUGGAAACAUGCUACCCGGCAUAGCCCCCAACAAGAGGAGGAAAAUACCAUUUUCAAGGCCUGGGCUGUGGAGACAGGGAAGUACCAGGAAGGGGUGGAUGACCCUGACCCAGCUAAAUGGAAGGCGCAGCUCCGCUGUGCUCUCAACAAGAGCAGGGAAUUCAACCUGAUGUACGAUGGCACCAAGGAAGUACCCAUGAACCCGGUGAAGAUCUACCAAGUGUGUGACAUCCCGCAGCCUCAGGGAUCAAUCAUUAACCCAGGAUCCACUGGAUCUGCUCCUUGGGAUGAGAAGGAUAAUGAUGUAGAUGAAGAAGAUGAGGAAGAUGAGCUUGAUCAGUCACAGCACCAUGUUCCCAUCCAGGACACCUUCCCCUUCCUGAACAUCAAUGGUUCUCCCAUGGCACCAGCCAGUGUGGGCAACUGCAGCCCUGAAGCAGUGUGGCCCAAAACUGAACCUCUGGAAAUAGAUGUACCCCAGGCACCUAUACAGCCCUUCUAUAGCUCUCCAGAGCUGUGGAUCAGCUCUCUCCCAAUGACUGACCUGGACAUCAAGUUUCAGUACCGUGGGAAGGAAUAUGGGCAGACCAUGACCGUGAGCAACCCCCAGGGCUGCCGGCUCUUCUAUGGGGACCUGGGUCCCAUGCCUGACCAAGAGGAGCUCUUUGGUCCUGUCAGCCUGGAACAGGUCAAGUUCCCAGGUCCAGAGCAUAUCACCAAUGAGAAGCAGAAGCUGUUCACCAGUAAGCUGCUAGACGUCAUGGACAGAGGACUGAUCCUGGAGGUCAGCGGUCAUGCCAUUUAUGCCAUCAGGCUGUGCCAGUGCAAGGUGUACUGGUCUGGGCCAUGUGCCCCAUCACUUGUUGCCCCCAACCUGAUUGAGAGACAAAAGAAGGUCAAACUAUUUUGCCUGGAAACGUUCCUUAGUGAUCUCAUUGCCCACCAGAAAGGACAGAUAGAGAAGCAGCCACCAUUUGAGAUCUACUUAUGCUUUGGGGAAGAAUGGCCAGAUGGGAAACCCCUGGAAAGAAAACUCAUCUUGGUUCAGGUCAUUCCAGUGGUAGCUCGGAUGAUCUACGAGAUGUUUUCUGGUGAUUUUACGCGGUCCUUUGACAGUGGCAGUGUCCGCCUGCAGAUCUCAACUCCAGACAUCAAAGAUAACAUCGUUGCUCAACUGAAGCAGCUGUACCGCAUCCUCCAAACCCAGGAAAGCUGGCAGCCCAUGCAGCCCACCCCCAGCAUGCAACUACCCCCUGCCCUGCCAGCCCAGUAAUCAUGAAUGCCAUCUUUUUUACAAAUUGUACAUAUUGGUAUUUUUUAUUACUCAGAUUUAACCAGCUUUUAAACUUCUUCUUUCUGUUAGUGGCCUCCAAUUCUCCGCAUAUGCCUGGCUUUUAAAGUUGAUUUAAUUUAUGGAAAAAUCACCCUUCUUACUCCCCCUUUCUUUUUUAAACCUCGCAGUGUUAGUAUAAUGUAGUAGAGGGCCUGGGACUUUGGACAGCAGCGUUCUAGCUGCAGCUUUGCUUCAGUGGUGUGACCUUGAACCACCAAGUCAUUUAACCUCUAGGCUUCAGAUUCAUUAAUGUAAAAUGAAGGGGUGGGAAUAAUGCUUGAAAUAAUGCCAAUGAAAACUCUGACCUGAUGACUUCAUUCUACUUGUACAAGGCAGAACUGCCUGGAACAGAACCCUUCUGCAUUGUUCUUGCACCACAUUUUUUUCUUGCUUUCAUUAAAGUUCCCUCAAGCACUGAUUUGUCCAAGAUUGAUCUCCGUUUGACCUGUUCUGCUAGUAUAGUAAGCUGGCUCCCUAACGGGGUAAGUGAGAGGGAGGGGAGCUGGCUGGUUGCUUAGGAACCAAGCUUGAUAUCUAAAUAGAAAUAGGUGCCAAAGUCUGAAAAUCACCUGGUCUGUGGAGUAAAAGCUCAUAAACUGGGCUCCUCAAGGGAAUCUGUCAACAGAAGGCCUAGGGAUUCUGCACAGUUGGUUGUCAGGUGUUUACCUUGCCACCACUCAAAUAACACUGUAUGUGUGGUAGAUGAGAGUAUGACUCAGUGGUACCUUUCAGAGAGGAUAGAGCUCUUUUUCUAAUUCUUUGAGGAAGAGCUGAGCAUCUAGGACAAACUCCUGACUAAAAAAGCAGCAGUUCCUUCUUGUUUGGAAACUUUUACAGUCUUACUAUCAUUUGGAUUUUUUGCAUUUGAAAAAAUGGGGGUGUUCAGGGUGAAGGAGGAUGGGGCAGUGCUCUUCUGUAAAAGGCUCAUCUGGCCCAAACCUGCUUGUCUCCCUUCUUGUGGAGGUAGCUGGGUGUGGACUACUCACGUGAAGAGUGGUGUAGAACAUUGUAGCUAUGGCUUCCACAAACUGGUCUUAUCUAUUAACUUUUGCUGAUCUUUUUGCCCUACCCCCAACCUUAAAAAAAAAAAAAAAAGUAUUAAUUUAAACUCCAAGACCUAAAUGGAAAGCAAGAUGUUAAUCUCUGAUUGCAGGCCCCUAAUGCUCUUGAAUACUGACGCCUCUCUGUGCCAGGCUGUUAUAAGAAAACCCAUGUCUAGUGUGCUACCCUUAAACUAGGCCAUCCCCUACUUGCUACUGAAGUUGAGCUAGCUAGCUUCGAAAGCUAUAAGCUCAGUUCAGUUACAGGUGGCAGUGGAACUUACUUAGAAUGCUGAAGCUGUGGUUUUAGGGUCUCUCAGGGACGUAAUGGGAUCUGCUGUUACUAAAGUAUGACCAAGAGAAAUCUGAGUAAAUGUCAGGUGUAGCUAUGAGCAGAAGUUGGGCUUCUAGAGACCAGGAAACACGCAAGGUAUAGAAACUUUAUAUUUUUUGGUCAUUUUGUUGAGUGGGUAAUGUGAAGGAUUUGGUUUUGGUGUCUGGCUAACUCUGUAACUGCACAGCUCAAAGUUAAAAAGAACCCACUGUUAGGUAAAUUGGGAGGACAACUGCUAGAUCUGGGUAGUCCUUUUCCCUCAUACUGUGUGAGGCUAAUAGCCAGGCUCUCCAUCUGGAUGGGGACCCAGAUAAUAUGAGCUGGCAAAAGGUGAUGAAGAUUGUUCUGAAGGGCCGAGAAGGAUCAAACUUGUUGUAUGUGAUUGUAAUGAAAAGUUUACAAAGAU